GCAGGCGCGGUGCAGAAGGGAUGGCGGCGGGACGAUGCUGACGGUUGGGAGUACAGGCGGUGCCGAGCAGCAGCGACACGGCCAUGGCCAGGCUGGCCGACUACUUCGUGCUGGUGGGCUACGACCACGACAAGCGCGGAAGUGGUGAUGGUCAGGGCCGGAUUAUCCAACGCUUUCCAGAAAAAGAAUGGGAGGACAAUCCCUUUCCACAGGGAAUUCAGUUGUUCUGUCAGCCGAGUGGAUGGCAUUUGGUUCUCGAAAGGAAAUCUCCAAACUUCUUUGUGGCAGUCUUAACUGAUAUCAACUCAGAGAGGCAUUAUUGUGCAUGCUUCACCUUUUGGGAAGCAGUUGAGAGUUCUCAGCCCCAGAAGAACCAUACUAAUGGUAUCAAUGAUGAUGACUCUAAAUUUGCCCAGGCUCCGCAGUUAUUUGCUCCAAAGAGUCUGGUUCUGGUCUCGCAGUUGGAUUACACAGAGGUAUUCAGGAAUUGUCUGGGACUAAUCUACACGAUUUACAUUGAUAGCCUGAAUUUUCCACUGGAGACAGUGAUUGGAAACCUGCUAACUUGCAUCAUCCCUAUCACAGGAGGAUCUCAGAGAACCAUCUCACUGGGUGCGGGAGAUCGUCAGGUGAUACAGACCCCUGUCAGUGAUGCUCUACCUGUCAGUGGUUGCAGUGUUGCCUUGUUACUCAAGCAGCUUGGUAUUAAUAACGUACUGGAGCUUUUCUGUGCUGCCCUAACCGAACACAAGAUUCUGUUCCUGUCUUCCAGUUACCAGAGACUGACGGAGGCCUGUCGAGCUCUUCUUGCUCUCAUGUUCCCCCUAAAAUAUAGUUUUACAUAUAUCCCAAUUUUACCGGCACAACUUCUUGAAGUGCUGAGCAGUCCCACGCCUUUCAUCAUUGGAAUCCACUCCUCCUUCCGAGCAGAUAUGCAGGACCUGUUGGAUGUGAUUGUAGCUGAUCUGGAUGGUGGCACAGUUGUGAUUCCAGAGUGUAUCCACAUUUCAGUCCUGCCAGAACCUCACCUGCUCCAAACUCAAACAACACUUUCCAUGGUUUUGGACCCAGAGUUGGAAUAUGCAGAUUAUGCAUUUCCACCUUCCUCUACAUCAGCCCCUUCAAUGAAAUACCAGGAUAAGGAGAUCCGUGCUGUCUUUCUGCGCUUGUUUGCACAGCUGUUUCAGGGUUAUCGGUGGUGUCUGCAAAUUAUCCGCAUCCAUCCGGAGCCAGUCAUUCGUUUUCACAAGGUAGCCUUUUUGGCCCAACGCGGUUUACAAGAUGAUGAAUUUCUGACGAAAGUUCUUGAUGGAAUGGCUUUUGCACGGUUUGUAUCAGAAAGAGGCUCACCAUAUCGACCAUGUGACUUGUUUGAUGAGUUGGUAGCAAAUGAAAUUGAGAGAGUACGAUUGGAGGAGGGAAGUCCACAGAAAGUUCUGAAACAUGUGAAAGAAAUAUCCGAACAGCUUCACCGGAAUGAGAACCCUUAUCCUGCAGUUGCUAUGCACAAAAUACAGAAACCAAAAGAGGGCUCCCAUUUACGGGUGCAACAGAGUGCCUUCCCUCACCUGGAUGAGGGAACAGUGCAGUGGAUCAUCGACCAGGCCACUGCCAAAUUGAAGAAUGCCCCACCUGCAGUUAAAGCUGAGAUGAAAUGCAUGGUGCCAAUGGGACCUCCAAGUGCUACGACGAUUGAUCAAAAUGGUAUCAUUCUUGCCAACAGUGCUCGAAGGUUAGAGGUUGUCAGGAAUUGCAUAACCUACAUAUUUGAAAACAAAAUGUUAGAAGCCAAAAAGUUGCUUCCUGCUGUGUUAAGAGCCCUGAAAGGGCGUGCUGCUCGCCAAUGCCUCACUGAGGAGCUGAAUUCACAUGUUCUGCAAAAUCGAGCUGUCCUUGACCACCAACAGUUCGAUUAUGUUGUCCGGAUGAUGAACUGUGCUCUGCAGGAUUGUAUGCCAUUGGAUGAGCAUUUAGUUGCUGCAGCUCUACUUCCACUAGUUACUGCCUUCUGCAGAAAGUUGGGAUCUGGUGUCACACAGUUUGCUUACAGCUGUGUACAAGAACAUUUGGUGUGGACCAACCUCCAAUUCUGGGAGGCCAUGUUUUACAGCGAUGUACAGAACCAUAUCCGAGCAUUAUAUUUGGAAGUCGAUGGUGACCAUCCUUUGGAAUCAGGUUAUGACCAUGUCAAAAAGCAACAGAGCUCAGCAUUGGAAGUGGCGGCGGAACAAUUACGUGUGUGGCCAACUCGCAGCAAAGAGAAGCAACAAGAACUGAUUGAUAAAGAGGAGAGCAUAGUAUACAGUCAGGCCAUUCAUUAUGGAAAUCGUCUUACUUACCUGCUCUUGCCACUUGAUACGAGCAAGAAUCGCUUGCUCCGCAGUACAGCUGUUGGAGACUUGGAGAGUGUGAGCAACAGCUUUGUAACAAACAGUAUUGCAGGCAGUGUGGCAGAAAGCUAUGAUACUGAAAGUGGGUUUGAGGAUGCAGAGACGUCUGAUGUGGCAAAUUCAGUGGUUCGAUUCAUCAACAGAUUUGUGGAUAAAGUUUGUACGGAGAGCGGUGUCAGUAAUGAUCACUUAAAAGCACUGCAUGCCAAUUUACCAGACAUUGUGCAGAUGCACAUUGAGACAUUGGAUGCUGUUCAUCGAGAAAGCAAACGCCUGCCCCCUAUUCAGAAGCCUAAACUUCUGCGGCCCACACUGCUGAUUGGAGAGGAAAUGGUAAUGGAAGGAUUGCGAGUGUGCUUGAUGCCAGAUGGACGAGAGGAAUCAGUGAGUGGUUCUUUGGGAGGUCCUCCCAUCCUCCCUGCAGAAGGUGCCAUUUUCCUGACCACCUACCGCAUUAUCUUCAAAGGGGUACCCCUGGAAACACUAGCUGGGGAACAGACUGUGAUUCGUUCAUUCCCUGUUGCCUCUUUCACCAAAGAGAAGAAGAUUAAUCUGCCGUCACGCACUGGCCAAGAUUUCCAGGAUAAGCUCCAAUUGCGUUCCUCCACUUUUCAGUUGAUAAAGAUUGCUUUUGAUGAAGAGGUGGCAUCUGAAAUGGUGGAAUUAUUUCGAAAAAACAUCCAUAAGUUGAGGUACCCACAGUAUGUACACAGCACCUUUGCGUUCAGUGUGGGUCAGUCACUCAAGCAAAUCGUAGAACCGAAGCAGAAGGAGAAGAAUCCAUCGCUGAGAACCAUGUCCAAGAAUAUCAUGAAGAAUGCAAAGAAAACAAUUGGACGGCAGUAUGUGACUAGAAAGAAAUAUACACCCCCGACCUGGGACCAGCGAGCCACACCUCCACAUGCUGACAACCUGGACCAAAUCUCUGUUUCAGAGGAGCUGGAGCAGAGUGCACUGACACUUUCCACCACCAUUAGAUCAGAUAAAUCUACCAUGAGCCACAUGGUAGAGCGAGCUUGUUGCCGUGACUACCAGCGCCUGGGCUUGGGCACAUUGAGUAACAGUCUGACCAGAUCGAAGAAUGAGCCAUUCCGAAUAACCACAGUGAAUCGCAUGUAUAGUGUUUGCAGGAGUUAUCCCAGCCUCCUGAUUAUCCCACAGACCAUACAGGACAGUUUAAUGCAACGCAUCUCACGGUGUUACAGACAGAACCGCUUCCCUGUUGUGUGUUGGCGGAACUCACGCACAAAGGCUGUGCUCCUGCGAUCAGCUGGGCUGCAUGGGAAGAGUGUCGUUGGUCUGUUCAAGUCCCAGAAUGCACCAGCUGCAGAUCCUUCUCAUUCGGACUCCUCCAGUUUAGCACAAGAAAAGUAUUUCCAGGCAGUGAUAAACUCCAUGCCACAUUAUGCAGACACAGGUGGUCGCAACACUCUGGGUGGAUUCACAUCUCACAUGAACAGCUCAGACUCGUCUGAUAAGCAAAGGCAACCAAAGAUUGGUGUGCUGAUGAAACAGGUGAUGGGUGGAAAGGAAGAAAUACCGAACACUUUCAGUCGUGGAGGAAAAUGGGGCAGCAUUCGAGGCAGUGGACGACUGAGCGCUUAUUCCCUAAAUUCAGAUGUAGGAAUCCGGCUUGCAGGCAAAGAAACCUUGUCUCCACAGGCUAAUGGGGGCCCAUCAGAGUCUCAUUACUUGCGCCAGCCACGCGCAGGCUUGUACAUUAUCGGAGAAAAGUCCCAGUUAAAGGGAGCGAAACAAGAUCCUUUACAGCAGUGGGAAGUUGUCCCCAUUGAGAUACCUGAUGUCCGACAUGUGAAGACCAGCUUUAAAAAGUUGAUGAAGGCUUGCGUGCCAAGUUCUGCACCCAUUGAUCCCAAUCAGUCCUUCUAUCGUUUGUUGGAGGAAUCUGAGUGGCUUUCUCAGCUGCACCGGUUGCUCCAGGUCUCUGUGCUGGUUGUUGAGUUAUUGGACAACGGAUCCUCGGUGCUGAUCAGCCUGGAGGAUGGCUGGGAUGUAACCACUCAGGUGGUGUCCUUGGUGCAAUUGCUGUCCGACCAACAUUAUAGGACAUUGGAAGGCUUCCGCCUUCUGGUGGAGAAGGAGUGGCUGUCAUUUGGGCAUCGUUUCAGCCAUCGUGGUGCGCAGACAAUGGCCAGUCAGAGCAGUGGUUUCAUCCCUGUUUUCUUGCAGUUUCUGGACUGUGUGCAUCAGAUUCAUUUGCAGUUUCCAAUGGAAUUUGAGUUUAGUCAGUACUAUCUGAAAUUCCUGGCAUAUCAUCAUGUCUCUAACCGCUUCCGAACCUUCCUGCUGGACUCUGACCAUGAAAGGAUCGAACUUGGAUUGAUGUAUGAAGAGAAAGGCGAAAGGAAGAACCAACACACGCACAGGUCUGUGUGGGACUACAUUGAUCGAUUGAAUAAGAAAAUGCCAAUCUUCUUCAACUAUCUGUAUGCACCUGAGGAUGGAGAGGUUCUGAGGCCAUAUGCUAACAUUUCCAACCUGAAAGUCUGGGACUAUUACACAGAUGAGACAAUUUCUGAAGGGCCACCUUAUGACUGGGAGCUGGUAUACAAUCGGCGAGAACAAGUGGAUGAUGGGGAAAGAGUAGAUGCCAUGACUCCUCGGGCACAGCGUAAGAUUGUCUGGCCCUGCUAUGACAACCAAAACAAGAUGGUUCCAGAUGCUAUCAGCAAAUUGUUGGAGGUAGAGUUUAUGCUCAAGUCUCAGCUUAAACAAAAAUAUGAAUAA